AUGUCUUCUCACUCUACUUCUGCAUCUUCCACUGCCGCUGCCAACCAGGCUCUCAUAGCUCUUGUAGCCUGGCUUACUGAGAUGGUUGAAGACGUUAUCCGGUUUCCGUUGCAAGAGGAAAAAAUGGAGUUGAGCCGGAAGAUUGCUCGCGAAGUGAAUGACGCGAUUCGCGCCUAUGGGAAGGAGGCUUCCUAUGUCCCCCCUGGCCUGCUGUCACUUGCAGCAGAGAUCUUUCGCGCUCAGAGGCGCACCACACAAUUGGUGGAAAUACCGGAUUGGACCCGUCUUGGGCACAAUCAGGACAUGUGCAUGAAGCACCCAUUGUACAGUAAGACAUUGGGUGAUGUACCACCUAUUGCGCCUGCAGCUCCUGCAACUGCACUGGUACCUACACCUGCACCUGCGCCUGCACCCACACCUGCACCACCACCUGCUCCUGCUCGUGCCCCGGCACCUGCGCCACAUGUCAGCAUUCGCAUGCCCAGACAUGCAGCAUCUGGUGAGCCUGCACCGGCAGGGCCAUCAAAAACAUGGAAAUGUUGCCUCAGUACCAGCCCUCCUUUGCCUCGUGCCAACCGGUCCCAGAAGCCUGUCAUCAAGUCGAAGGAGAUCUUGUCCGACACUGACACUGACACUGACACUGACACUGAGAAGGUGAAGGGGAAGGGGAAGGGGAAGGGGAAGGCCAAGGCCAAGGCACCGGAAGUUGACGGCGAUGAGGAUGACGACUUCAUCAAUGUCGAUGAUCUUCCGGACAUCGAGCCCCAGAAAUCAACGCGCAAGGCUGUCAUCCCUGCAAAAACGCCAGGCACACUGAAGGCAAGUCGGUUGGUUGUGAGUGAGGGCAAUGAAGAAGCAGAUGAAUUGGAGGAGGAUGAAAAGGCACAAGGCAGAUCAAAGGCAAGCCACUGUACGACCAGGGAAUCCAUCCAGUCCAAGGGCAAGGGCACCGGCAGGAAAGCCAAGGUCCAAGAACAGCCCCCUGCUGACGGUUCUCUGCCGCCUUGUGACAGAUGCCGGGCGAAGAAGGUGGAGUGUUGCCCCUGGUUGACGAAGAAAGGCGAUGUCGCCUCGACUUGCUCAUUGUGCUACCUCUGGAAGAUGGCAUGCAUCCGGACCGAUACAGCGAGCGCCACCAUUGCCCCCACCACCAACACUGCACCCCCUGUGGCCACAGUCACCACUCACUCUAAGACGAUGUAG